UGAACGUUUCGACUUCUGACUUCUGCGCAAAGUGAAACAUAUUACUUUAAGUCUAAAAAGAUUGUAUCAAUAACACUAGUUAUUUCAUUAGUUUGAAAUGAUAUAUAAAUUAAAUUUAUAAAAAUAUGUUCCUUAUGUUACGACAGUGAUCUAUGGCCUGCGAUGUUUCAUAAAAUGAAUUAUUUUAGAAUAAUUGUUAAAGAAAAAUCACAAUAAAAUGUAAUCAAAAUUUAGAAGGUCCAAGUCUAGAUAUGGGUUCCAGAUUAAGAGAUACUGUGCGCUUCCUUUUUGAAUUAUUCUGUGAAGUUUCUCCUGGUGACCAAGUGAGAGAGCCUUACAUUAUUAGAAAAUAUCCAGAGUCAUACAAAAAUGAGGAAGAGUUAAAAAAUGUACCUAAGUUUACAUUUCCUUGUAAACUGGAAAAUACAUUCAUCCAACAUUAUUCAUUUGUGCUGACUUCGGUGGAUUCCAAAUAUACAUUCUGUUUCUGCCGUUACGAUCCAAAAACCAACACAGCCCUGGUUUUGCUGUCACAUCUGCCAUGGCACGAUAUAUUUUACAAGUUGUUGAACUGCAUCGCGACCUUGGAGAAUGGACCGGAGCGUGGCGAGCUGACCGCGUUCCUAGCGGCGUGUCGCAUCCGUCCGCCGGCUCCGGGCCACACGCUGCGGGUAACAUACGACGCCGGACGUGGAGCCUUCACUUGCCGCUGUCCUGGAAGCGGAUUGCCCAGCAUCCCUGACAACUGCAAUCUGACGGAGUACUUCAGUGCGCUAGAGGCCGGGCGUAUGGCGGCGCUGUGGGCAGCGUUGUUGCACGAGCGGCGAGUGGCGGUGGUCGCAUCUAAGCCGGCGAGGCUCGCGGCGUGCGUUCAAGCCGCUAACGACACGUUGUUCCCGAUGUCGUGGCAGCAUAUUUUCAUUCCGAUCCUGCCGCCCCACUUGGUGGACUACUUGUUAGCACCGAUGCCGUUCUUGAUCGGUGUUCCUCGGAGCGUGAUGGAGACGGUCCGGAUGUCGGAGGUGGGGGACGUGGUGGUGCUAGACGCUGACUCCAACGAGCUGAAGAGUCCAUUCCGUGAUUUGGAAAGUCUUCCUGCGGAGGUUGUGGGUGCCCUUAGACGAUCGCUCGCGGACCGCCAGGCGCUCGGUGACGCGGUAUCUCGUGCCUUCCUGCGUGCGCUGGUCGCACUCAUCGGAGGGUACCGGGAUGCUAUCAGAAUCGAAAAAGGUCAACUUAUCACAUUUAAUCCAGAGGCGUUUGUGAAAACUAGGAAGAAUAUGCAACCUUUCCUCCGCAAAAUACUUCAGUCGCAAAUAUUUCAACAGUUCAUAGAUGAACGGCUGGAGUUGUUGAACUCCGGCCGUGGUUUCUCCGACGAAUUCGAGCUAGAGUGUACGCGACAGGCGGAGCGGGCGGGUCUGGCGGGGGCAGGGGCGGGUGGCGGAGGGGGGGUGAACACACUCAAACAACAGUACCGCGAGUGGGCGCGCGGGGUGAAGAGGGAGGGGGGUGCGUUCUUCAAAACAGUCAAAGAUAAGGCGAAUCCCGCGGUACAGUCGGCCGUCAAGACGGUGCGACAGGGCGGUAAGAACAUGAAGUCGGCUGUAAAAGGUCUGAAGAAUAAAAUGCCUAAGACUGGAUCACGUCCCUCGUCCAUAAACACCACAGAUGACAGCAGGUAUUCCUGCGGCUCUGGGACGCCGGUGUCAUCUGACUCAUCGUCUACGUCACGGUCGCCGUCACCUCCCCCCUCGCCGGCCCCCUCCCCCCUGGUACCUCUCACAGUGGUCCCACGUGCUCCGCCGCCUCCAGUACCCUUGCCUCUGGAUCUGCUCACGGAGAUGGAGCUGUUGUUCCCUGAGCGACGCUCUCCACCAAAAGACACCGAUAAGGCGAAGACAUUAAAUCCACCGCGGUUACCGCAACGCCCCCACCCUCCCCUCAGGUACCCCAUCGUAUCCACCAGGAAGCUCAUAGAUCUGUCAGAUGCGCCAGCACCCCCGCCGCGCGCUAUUCCCGUAUCCAACUUUACAACGAAUAUAACUAAGCACGAGGUCCCAACAGAGUUUCACACUAGCGCCAUCCGAUUCACGGAGGAUAAUGAUAAGGCAAAACUCAAACUGACUCUAUCAGCACAUGCGCGGUCGCUCCCCGCACCCGCUCCGCCGCCCGUGCCCGCACCCGUGCCCGCGCCCUCUCGCACCGAGCACCGACCUCGACCCUCCAAGAGCCGGACCCAAGAGUCAUGUGGCACAGAUCUCAUACAGCUAGACGAUUCACCGACCGGCCUCGACCAUUUCGAUCCUCUCAAGUAUCGGGAUAAAGAGGACAAACAGACUAUCAAAAGUUCCGCGGACAGUGCGCUCCUGCAUGAGUACGGAUUGGACUUCGGUCAGUUCGGUCUCUCUGAGCUGUCUGCUCCCCAAGCCAGCACACACGAGGGAUGGACGACCUUCAACUGAGAGCUCAAUAUACGCUGGUUUAGCACAAACGUCUCAAGCCUUUUGUCUCCUGAAUGUAAACACGUCGCUAAUUUCGUAUAUUUAUUGUGAAAGCUGAUUGGGCUGUGACUGUCGUUGGCGCAUAAAUAUGUAAAAUAGUAAAACGCGAAACGAGUUAUGUUAUUUAUUUUGCGAGGUUUCCUUUAGUUUUUUUUUUAAUUCUUUUUUUUUUGUAUUGUACAUAAUGUUACAUAUCAAAUUGUAUAUUUCGCAAAGGAAAAAAAUAUAUGUAUAUUAAUGUAAGUAUGUUGUAUGUUCAGUCGGAUACUUGGCGAAGGUGAGUCUCCUAGCAGGAAAGCUUUGGGACUAUCGGCGGUAUGUGUUCAUCUGGUCUAGAGAUUAUAUUGUUUUUGUAAUAUAAAGUAAGUAUUUUAACUUAGCGCAAUGUGCUAUUAGUUCUUCCUAUUUGUUAUAGUAAUAUUUUUUAUGUAAUUUGUUACCGUAUUGAAUCGCAUUGCGGGUUAUGUUUUAUGCUUGUGCCUCGUGUGGGAGAGGCUGUGAUGCCUUUUACGUACGUUGAUUGGUUGGUUUUUAUGAUUUUUGUAAUUAAAAUAGCAUUUUUAUUUAACUAUGUUAUACCUCAUUAAUUAGCAUAAUAUUUUUUUAUUACUAGUUUUGUUUUUAAUUAAAUUCAACUAAUUUCUCAUCACAAUUGGAUUCUCUGUUCUAAUGGACUUUUUUUUUUUUGGAAUUUUAGUUGUCAUUUGAAAAAUAUUCAAGCAUAAGACAUGAUCAGAGACAGAUUUGUAAGAUGAAUUUUUGAUAUUUUUUUAAAUGUAAUAAAUUCUAAGUACAAUUAUUUAUUUUAUAAAUAUAUUGUAUAUCUUUGUCUGUCUGGAAAUUAAUGUGAGAAUAUAUAUUAUAUUUUUGUAAGGUGCUGUAUCGUGAUAAAAAGCUUACGGAUUCAUCAAAAUUGUUUAGUGAAAAUAUUACAUUACGGCCUAUUUUUAUAGUAGGUAUCUCGAAUGUGGUCAGCCAGCCAACCUAGAUGCCAAUACGAAUGUUUUAUUUUGAUUUAUUGUUAUGAAAUUAAUAGUUACCCUAAAACCUGUUCUCCUAAUUUUUUGACAGCUGUAGGUUUCUACACGCGAAACUAGAUCGUUAUAUAAAUUAAUAAUGAAUUGAUCUCUUGUCAAAAUACGGAGCAGAAAAUGGUGGCAACCGAAAUUUGACAAUUUUGUGCAAAUGGAUUGAAAAGAUGUCUAAUAUAAUAUAUUGUAAUAAAUAUACUUCAAACAUUC